CUAAUGCGACGAUUACAUUGUGUGGUGGUAAAGAAAAAAAAGUCAUUUUAACAUAAAAUGUUGGCCUUGUAUUUCGUUCUACUUGUUUGUGUGCCUUUAGCUAUCAUGAUGACCUUCACGGCCCCCCGACUAGCCAUCACUGUUGCCAUUACUCAGCCGGCCUUCUUAGUAAUACAAAAUUCCAAUAAUACCCUUACACCUCGCCGAGUAACCACUUCUCAGCCACUAGAUCACGACGACUUGCUCCUUAGCCAAGCUUCAAAAGUCAAUCCAAACCCUAAACCUAAAUUGCCCAAAAAACUCGCUUUCAUGUUCUUAACAACAACGUCCCUUCCACUAGCACCGAUUUGGGAGCUUUACUUCAACCAAACCUCUGAUCAUCACAAGUCUCUCUACAAUGUAUACGUCCAUGUAGACCCAACUCAAAAACACGAACCGGGUUUCUUCGGCACGUUUCAUAACCGGAUCAUACCUUCCUCAAAACCCACUUACCGGCACACUCCAACACUCGUCUCAGCCGCGCGUCGUUUACUCGCUCACGCGCUUCUCCACGACCCGUCAAAUUACAUGUUUAUCCUCCUCUCCCCUUCUUGCAUCCCACUUCACUCCUUCAACUUCACAUACAACACACUCGUCUCUUCCACAAAGAGCUUCAUCGAGAUCCUCAACAACGAGCCGGGGUGGUACGACAGGUGGGCGGCGCGUGGACCUUACGCGAUGCUCGCGGAGGUGCCACCGGAGGAGUUUCGUAUUGGCUCGCAGUUCUGGACAUUGACACGAGCCCACGCGCGGAUGGUCGUGAGUGACGUGGAGAUAUGGUCCAAGUUCGACAAGGCUUGCGUAAGUAACGACACGUGUUACCCGGAGGAGCAUUACUUCCCUACUCUCCUCCACAUGAAGGACCCACAAGGAUGUGUGUCGGCGACGCUCACGCACGUGGAUUGGAGCGUCAUUGAUCAUGGUCAUCCCCGAACGUAUAAACCGUCGGAAGUUGGGGCCGGACUUAUACGGAGGCUGAGAAGUGCGAAGCCCAAGUACGGCGACGGAAGAAGCCGGACGAGAAAAGAUCCGUUUUUGUUCGCCCGGAAAUUCUCUCCGGCGGGGAUCAGUUCGUUGAUGGACAUAGCUCGAAACGUUUUCUUAAAUGACUGAUGUAUUCGAAUCUUCUCAAAACUCUCAAAAUGAAGUUGAGACUAGGGUAAUAUUUAUUCAAACUCAUUAUUUGAGUUGAAACCUUGAAAGAGUUGAUUUGGUUAAGUGCUUUUUCUUAUGUAUAAACAUUUAUGCAUCGAUGUAAAGUUUUAUGUUUUAAAAAGAAUCCAAUAAGGGUUUUG